AGCGAGAGACGCAGGCGAAGGAAGUGUGCGUUUAAAGGGACCAGCGGGCGGGAGGAGCGAGAGAGCGAGUCAGAGGCCGGAGAACGAAGAGAAGCGAGGCCUCGUCACCGGACGGGACACUCUCGGACACGCAGGGGUGAACGUCUGGUGGAGAGGUGCAAAGGCUCUCGAAGGUGCACGCCGCUCGAAUCUAGCAAUGAGGAAUGGAUUCAGGGGCGCUGCCAAUGGACUGCUAUGAGGACAUGUUCAAAGAGAUCACGCGCAAACUGUACGGCACCAGCGAGGAUGGGCUGAACGCAAGUUCCGCAGCGCCGAACGCCGUCGCCAACACGCCGCCGACCACCACCGCGUCCAACAUGGAAAACCGAGGCGCCAACAAUCGGUACGAGGAGCAGGCCCUCGCACCGCCCUUUCUCAAAGAGGAGACCCUGACGGCCUUCGGACUGGCCGCCCUCAUGCAGACCAGCUUCCCGCCGGCCGUGGCCGCCAUGUCAAAUUACAACCCCUCAACCACAGGCCAGAACAACCACUACCAACAGCAAUCGACCCCCAUCCACAGCCAGCUUCCAAUCAACGUCCCGCCAGUGCCGCAGGCCGCGGAACCAGUCGCCGCUCACGUCGACCGGUACGUCUCGAGCGACGACGAACUUUCGUGGACCCGAAGCAAAAUCGCCACCUACAACCCCGCCCAGCGCACCUUCAAGUGUUCCGAGUGCGAUUUUGAAGGGUUCCUUGCGCGGGUGGCCGAGCACUGGAUCGGCACCCACGGAAACCUAUCCGUUUAUCGGUGUCCCCAGUGUUCGUACACAAGUGCCUGGGCCCGGUGCGUACGGAUGCACGUCGUCAAGCAACACUCGGAGGGUGCAGGAAAUAGUAGUGAGAUCAAGACGGAGCCAGAUGAGGAGCAUUACAACGCGGCCACUAAUAAUCCAAGCACGUCGCCCAUUCCGUCUUCGCUUUGGAAGGAAAAGGAGGUGUUGGAGGAAGUGACCGAAUACCUGCAGAGACUGAAGACCAAGGCUGAGAGCUUGACCAAAAAACCGCCGGCUGAACAAUAUGCAAACUCUAGUAAUGGCCAGACGCACCGAGAACGGGGGAGCAGUCUGAGCAGCUCGACCGAGAAACGGUACAGUUGCAGUUAUUGUCCGUACGCGACUGACCGAAGGGACCUUUUCACGCGGCACGAAAACAUUCACAAGGACGAGAAGCCCUUCCACUGCUACGUCUGCCGCAAACAGUUCAACCGGGCGGACCACGUCAAAAAGCACUUUUUGCGAAUGCACCGGGACCACCCGUACGACAUCAACAAGAUCCGCCGCUCGCCGCCCAAGAACGCCAGCGGCAUGUCGUACUACCACAAGUACUCGGCAGGACAACCGUCCAGCUCGACCGGACGCUCUCACCAACAGCAGCAGCCGCAGGUGCAGCAGCAUCAGCAAGUCCAGCAGUCGUCGCACUUCCAACAGGGGCAGUCUCACCACAACAUGCACCAUUUGCAGCCGCCGCAGCACCAUCUUCUGCAAACGCCGCAUUACACUCUGCCCAUCAGGACGCCGCAGCCCAAGGCGUACCUUCCGAAGCAGCAGCAGCAGCAACAACCACAACACCAGCAGAAUGGCAUUGCUAAUAAGAAACAAAAAACGUCAAUUGCUGGCGGUAGCAACAGCAGCACAAGCAACGGCACCCCACCUAAGGAGCAGAAAGAGAAGCGCUUCACCUGCUGCUACUGCUCUUGGUCUGGCGUGGACAACUGGUGUCUUAAGCGGCACCUCAACACCCACCUGAAGCCAUUUGUGUGCGCCCUGUGCGACUACAAGGCGGCGCGUUCAGAGCGGCUGGCGACCCACGUGCUGAAGGUGCACAACAAACGCUCCUGCAACAAGUGCCACUUUUUGGCCGACGACCAGCUCAGCCUCAAUGAGCACAUGCAUGAGCACCACAAGCCCAAAGAAAAAGUAAUUCCGACACCAACAGCCCCUUGGAAUACCGUGCCAAUACCAAUCGACCAAACACUCUGCUGAGAAAUGUGGGACUUUCAUGUUACCAGCCUGCCCUUGGAACUUCAUUCUGACAAAGAUCGACCACUGUGCAGUAAUCUAGGUAGAUGCAAAGUUAAAGGAAUCGUCGCAAUCGACGAAAGAUUUUUCACACAAACGUGAAAAGUGAAUGAGUGCCAUACAAAUAUUAGGAAAACCUUUCAUGGUGAAUGCUGAAUUUCAAACCUUAACCACUUCUUACAUUCAAUAUCUACUCGAGUGCUCCUGAAAGUGGACCCACCUUGUCAUAUUUCAAGAGUGAAUUCAAAUUGAGUAAGGGCCAAAAAUUGUAAUUUUUAUCUAAGAUUUUACACCGCUAUAGACACAUAAGCAACACAAAUAUGUAGGCUUGGAAGCCUAACGAGUAUAAUGAUUUCCCGAUUUGUAACUUUUCUAGGAGGCAUUUGAAAAAUGUCUCUCUGCAGAAUAGCCUGAAAGGUGUACUUGGUUGUAGACAUCAGUUUGUAUUCUGUUCCUUUAUUUCCACACACGCAGGUAGAGAAAAAGUGUGUAUUUUGGCGGCCACUUUUAAAGUGGUUUUGUGUCGAACUUUGUUGCAUCAUCUUGUGAAUACAUACCUCCUCAGGAACCCAACUGUGAAAAUUUUUCCUUCGAUUGUGAAACAAAAUCUUAAAAUGCGGUAUGUACCACCAAUUAUUGUUGUUCUUGAAUAAUUAUAAUUUUCGUGGCAUCUCUGAAAGCCAAGUAAACUGCUUGCAGCGCGUUUCCACGCUAGGAAAACUAGAACUGUUCAGUUCCUUUUUUAUUUUUAUAUAAUUUAAACGUUUUCACCAUAUUAUUAGAUGAAGGAUCGCAGAAGAUGUUCUGCGUUCUGAUCAAUAAUGCUGAAAAAAUUAUACCUCGUGUUUAGCAACUGACUGAAUGGACGACUUUUAUGUUUCUUAUUUUAUAUUUUUGCCAAAAUUUUGAUGGCAAUAUACCGAAGUCUGAAAUUAAUUUUUUAGUCUAAUUAUCUCAAGAAAACUCUCUACAGUACAACAGAAUUCAAAUAAACAAAAAGAAACCAACUCGGAAGCCUUAAACAAGCAGAGAUGAUCGAGAAUAUUUUUUCUAUCACUGGAAGAGAAAAUUUACAAAAGCAAGCGGUAGCAUUCAAUGUUGUUUGUGCCACAAAACCAUAUUAGAUGCUAGCAAAACCUGUACAUAAAAUUUUGAAUAAUCACAAAAAAUCCCAUCGGAACCUGUUUUGUUGAAAUGUUACAUAGAUUGCAAGUUGUGUUGGUUGACAUAAUUAUUGAUUUGUUGAUUGGUACUUUCAUAAAUCCAAAUUAAUGUUCUGCCUUGGCACUCUGCUCGUUUCAAAUUACAGUUUGCCAAAAACGGCAAUCGCAGCCAGUUAUUCUAUUAUUUAAGAUGUGGGGAUAAAUUUUUAUUUAAACCAAAUUAAACGGGAAGUGUGUUAGACGGCGAUAAUCUAUUUUGGUAGCUCAUAUAUUUUUGAUAAAGAGUAGUCGGUGUGAUAUAAAAAAGACAAACAAUGUAGAUGAAAAAUUAUGCAAAACCCAAAACUCUUUAUCACUUGAAAAUCAAAAUUAUGACAAUUAUUCUUUUUUCUUCUAAAAAUCAUAAAAUGUUCAUUUUAUCCCGUUACAUUAAUGGAUGAGUAGCCCACUGAUGAUAUAAUAAAUCACACUAUGUUGGAUUGGCGCAUCUCACUUAAUUAAAUUGAUAUUUAUGAACUUUUACACUUGAAUUUGAUGUUGUCUUUGUAAUUGAUCGGUGUACUCUUUAUCGGGUGCAGAUUAUGUGAACUAUUGGCCAAUAUUAAAACUUGAUUAUUUUCUCGACGAAUCUCUAUUGUCCAUUUAUAUAUUAAUUGACUUUUAAUAAUUCCAUAAAACUUGGAACCCAUUAAAUGUUGUACAACCAUAAC